UUUCUAAAUGUCAUUGCUUGUCAAAUGUCAACGCAACAACGCAAGCUGUGUGUAUUUUAUUUUCAAAAUAAACUAACAUAAAUUUUAUGUGAAAAUGGCUGAGAAGCCGCCAGAAGAGGGCUACAUAUCGGUCGUAGACGAAGAGCCAGAAAUAUUUGAGUUGUUAAAAUGGGACUCUUCGCACACUCAAAAGCCGCAAGAGCCGAGACCCGUAGAGAAACCUAAAAGCCCCGAAAAAAAAGUAAUGAAGAGUCAAGAGUCGGAUCCUUUCGAGUUAAGCGACAGUGCGUUUAUAGAGUCGUAUAGGUUGUCAAAGGAGCUGGCGCGGUGUCUCUGCGAGGAACUCAAGCCUGUGAUGCCGGACUCUACCAAGUCCAUAGAGUUCUCAGUGGAGAGUAAGGUAAUGGCCGCCUUAUCCUUCUACGCCACAGGAAAGUACCAGAAGUCAAUAGGUGGUAAGACCGACCCUAAUAUCACCCAGUACUUUGUGUCCACUGCAGUGAUGCAGGUCACGGAGGCCAUGAACCACCCCACCAUUGUCAAGAAAUAUAUACAUUUCCCACAUUUGAGGAAUGAGAGGGACAAUAUAAAGGCUAGGUUCUACAUGAAAUACGGUAUCCCCAAUGUGGUGGGGUGUGUGGAGUGCACACACGUGCCUAUAGCGCGGCCGGACGACGACCAGAAGAGCCACUUCAAUAAGUCCUACCACUCCAAGAAAGUGCAGAUUAUCAGCAACAGCGACCUAAUAAUAACGAGUGUGGACGCGACGCCGGGCGGGUCGAUGUCACACGACGCGAUCCUAAAGCGGCAUGCGGUCAAAGUGGACCUCGACAGCCUCAACAACUCCGGGGAACAGUGCUGGCUUAUUGGGGGACCCCACUACACACAGAAAACCUACAUAAUGACACCAAUCCCGAAAAUAACAAAGAAAUCCCCGGUCUCACCAGAAAAGUAUUACACGAAUGUUCACGCGCAAACACUAACCGCGGCGACAGAGACUAUAAAACAGUUGAAAAGCAGGUGGAAAUGUCUCCAAGCGACUUGCAACAAACAGUUCGACCCCCCAACAGUCACCAUGAUGAUUGUGGCCUGUUGUGUGCUCCACAACAUCUGCAACAGGCAUGGUUUGCCAGUAAUUCCUAUGACACAGACAGAAGAACGCCUCGAAGCCAUGAAGCAAAAAGUGGCUAAUGGUCCCAUUCCUAGGAAGCAAGUGGAAGACCAGAAUGGAAUCCAGUUCCGAGCUAGACUAGUAGAAAGACUGUGGAACGAGAGGCGAGUGCUUCCAGAUACAACUGGACCUAAGAAACGCAUGGCGAAGAAGGACAGGAUAGUGGAGAACCAUCAACCCCAACAGCAGCCGGUGAUGACCCAAGCCCAGCCCAGCCAUGUGCAGAUCCCGUUGGUAGCUCAUCCACACGUGUUGGAGCACCCUUCGAUGCAUGACGACGCGAGUAAAAGGCCCAGGAUUUUAACCAUGACUACCCCCACUUAUGGGCUCAAUGUACCACCAGUGUGGGGACACUAUCCUCAGCAUUAAAAUAAGACUGAGAUAAAAUGAGAUUUCUUUCACGCGUUUCGUGCGCUAUUCUAUUACUUUAGUUGUACUAACUGUUGGAUGUGAAUUCAAAUUGAAUGCCUCAUAAACUAUUGGCGAUUCGACGAAUAACUUGGCUAAUAGAUAUGACUAUGAAAUUAUAGUAACGAAUACAUACGAUUAAGCUAUUUACAUACUUGUGUUCAUGGCUAUUCGUCUGUACUCCACAAGUAUCUAAAUUAGGGAUAAAAAAAAGUAUACAAUACUUGGUAUAUAUUUGUUUGUCUCAGAUCAUAAACAACCAGUCUCCUAAGUAUUAAACCUCGUGAAAGAAAUCUCAUGGAUAGAGAUGUCAAUAAUACGACAGGUUUAUGGCAGUCUUCCGGUCAAUGUUAGCGUCACAACCAAUCACCGCUGGACAUAUUGUGACGUCACCUUGAACAUAGAGAAUUAAUACACGUUCCUACACAACUGUCAAGCCAUCGGACACAUAAAUGUGAAAAAGAUAAGUGAUCAUUCGCCCAGACAUAAAAAGUGCGUACGUAAAGAGCGCACGCAAACCAUACGAGUGUAGACCGCACAGUCGCUUUGUCUCUUUCUACAAAGUAAUUUUGUGGCGGCUUUUUGUUUGUUAGUCUAUUCGAGUAUGACUAACACUGACGCUUCCAAUACGGCGUUGGCAGUUGGAUGUAUGACGCUUGACACAACGAUCGUAUCUAGAUGUUUUCAUAGAAGUUAUGUUUAAGUGUUCCAGCGUUAAGGGCGUUAUUGUGUUAUGAAUCUCGUAUUGUGAGCAAUUAUUUGCAACUUAUAUUUUUAUUAGUAACAUUGUGGUAUGAUUUUAUAACCCUAUCUUUGACCCAAAAAGGGUACUUGAAUUGUGGAAUCUAUUUACUUUUAAGUAUGCUGUUUAUUGCUUUGCUAUAAUUUUAAGGAAAGAUAAAACCUGCCCUUAUUGUUCUAUAAGUGGUUUAGCAUGGCAUUUUAUCAUCAACCACUAGAAGAUGAGGUGAGCUUUGUUCUUUUACACUACAGAGGUAAACAGAUACAUGUAUUGGCAUAUUAGCUCGAUCUCUUUCUACAGAAUAAUUAAUUAUGUGUGGAAUAGCAGACUUACCUUAAAAUAUAUAAUUUUGUUCGCACAUUAAACUGGCUUAGUUACGAUAUAUGCUAGGAUUAUGUUAGAUGAUUAAGUCGAUUCUCAAACAAGUACUCCAGUUUUUUUUCACCUUGUAAAAUUGUGGUCUAUUGGUCCAGCGGCAGCUUACUUGUUAUGAACGAGAAGUUCCGGCAAAAUGUUAUACUAGGCAACUAAAUUUUGUGUUAACGUGAGUUGCUUGGAAAUGAUAUUUGUUAUGGGACAUCUUAUCACAUAAAAUGGUAAAUAUUAGCUAGGUGAAAAGUGGUCAUACUAGCUGAUUUUGACUACGGCUUCAGGAAUAAAGGCAGGUUAAGUUUUGUUUAUGCCCUAAUAAUAAUGCAAUUGCAUUAUGUACAGUCGGCCACUAAAGUAUCUGAACAAAUUAAAAACUUCAAAGUGCAUACACUCACUUCAGUUAAAAUAUUUUUUCUUUAUCUAAAAUAAAGUAAAUUCUUUGAAGUUUAAUGGCGCUGACUGUAUAUAUAAAAUACUAUUGACUGAGCCUUUUAUUGACGUAGUCACGUUUAAAAUCCGUGACGGAAUAACAAUACACGACAUAAUGCCUGCACAUAAAAGCAACUGAUAAUUUAGAUAAAAUAUGAUAUAACGAAAUGCUGACCACAGCAAAAAACAGGAUUCACCAACAUGAUGGUUCCAACAUGUGCAGAAAUAUGUAUAAAGUAUUAAGUGAUGAAAAUAAACAAAAUAGUGUUGCUGUUACUUCCAUAAAUGUUACAUCUAGGCAAGAGUAUAGUACUGUUGGUAAGAGUAGGUAUUUUAAGUACUUGCAACGUAUUCUUUUAGAAAAAUAUACUUUAGAAAAUAUGUUAGAACCAACUACAAAUUCUAUGCAAUCACUGAAACAUUUAAAUUUAAUAUUUAAUUGAAUGAGUCACCGGUGACCCAUACAUUAAUAAAUAAUAUGAUUUUUAGAAAUAAAAGGGUAUUCUAUGGGCGCGGGACGCCUAAAGCUAUAAGUAUUUGAAUGUAAUUAUCCUAUCUGAUAAAAAUGAAAUAAUUGGCCGCCAGAAUAGGGAAAUGAAAGGUUUUCUAUAUUGUACAUAUAACAUUUUUUAUUCAUUUUUAAAUCCGUUGAUUUAUCGAUACAGUUGUAGAUAUAAGAUUUUACAUUGACACGUAGUUUAUGUUAUGUACAGAAUGAUAAUAAAAUUAUUGAU